GCCCCUGUGGUGCUGACUUGCUGAGUGGUGCAGCAGUGCAGCUAAAAGGAAUAGGCUGCUUGACUGUUGUUGACUGUCCUCCGGAAUCUCCGGAUUGCUUAUUGCUCUCCGGAUCAUCGAGAAGUCAUCGACAUAGUGGCAUAUAUUUCAUAUACGUUCGGAGAAUCACGAUCGAUCAUAUUAAAUACUGCGUCUUCAUGGCUUCACACAUCGUCAAUAACGAGUCACGAAUGCAAUUCGGCAAGCUGAGAAGCUUGUGCGUGUAGCAAUAUCGCAGACGUGUCGCACGAAGUACGUGGGACGCGUGGACGACGUGUCGUUCGACGGCACGUGUACGACACGGAUUCUUCCUUGAUAUGCCUGCAGCCCAUCAUUCGUGGAAUCUUCGACAAUACACCUUCUAGCUCCCAUUAACGAAUCGUAUAAGCGGUGAAUAUGGCGGCGAUGGACGGUGACACGAAGCUCGAUAUGUAUGACGAUGUCACAUACGCUGUCGAUCCUCAGCAUGUUGAGGGUGAAAUGACAAUAGGUACGAAACAGAAGUCAACCUUAGGAGAGCCAGAGUUCAAUACGUUAGAUGAACCCAUCAAAGAUACAAUUUUGAGAGAUGUUCGAGCAGUAGGCAAGAAGUUUUUCCAUGUUUUAUAUCCUAAAGAGAAGAAAAGUCUACUGAAAGAAUGGGAUCUGUGGGGACCAUUAAUAUUGUGUACUUUUAUGGCAAUGAUAUUACAAGGCUCCACUGAUGCAGCAGAUAACUCAAAUGAUGGAGGGCCUGAAUUUGCAGAAGUAUUUGUUAUUGUAUGGAUUGGAUCUAUGGUCGUAACAUUGAAUUCGAAACUGUUGGGUGGAAAUAUAUCUUUCUUUCAAAGUGUUUGUGUAUUAGGAUAUUGUCUGUUACCAACUGCCAUCGCAUUAAUUUUGUGCAGAAUUAUAUUGAUAAUGCAACAAAGCACGAUCCUAUUUACUCUCAGAUUUGUGAUCAGUAUGAUUGGAUUUUUAUGGGCAACAUAUGCGUCUAUGGCAUUCCUUGGCGAUAGUCAACCCACGGGAAGAAAAGCAUUAGCAGUAUAUCCAAUUUUUCUCUUUUACUUCAUUAUGUCAUGGCUAGUUAUAUCGCAUACCACAUAAAAUGCAAUGCAACAAUUAAUCUGUUACAAGACUGCGCAUUGCUCUGGCCUUCCACAUAGAUGUCAGGAGACAAAGAAGAAAACAAACGGAAGGAGUGGCAAUGCUUUUGAUUGUUUACAUGAUAUUUUCCAAGUCCUAUAUCUGGACAUAUUCCAAUUGUGCUUUUGUGAAUGAUACAUAUACAGUAUAUAGGUACAAGUAUUUAUUAUCUUCUUAGAACAUCAUUCAAUACGUCAAUUAUGAGACUUGCAAUUAUAUUUAAUCUUAUUAGAUGUACACAUUGCAAUUGAGACGAAUUUAUUGCUGAUACAAAAAUAUAUUCUUUUCCUACGAAUGUAAAAAUUGUCAAAUUUGUAUAUAUUUGUACGGACUUGAUCAAAAAGACGAAAUAAGCUGUAAAAAAUAUGCUAUCGUUAAUUCUAAACUGUUGCAUCUCAAUAUUUUUCUGUAAAUCUUCCAUAAAUUUUAAUUUUAACGGUUAUGAUCUUUUUUAAUUGUAAUAUUAAAAUCAGAUGGUGAAAAGCUUGAAGUAUGAUUUGUAUUUUUUGUAUAUUAUGUACAUAGAAUUACGUUUAAAUUAUAUAUAUUACAAUAAAAUAGUACAAUGUAGAAUAUAA